CCAGGCAUUAUUGUGACCACCGGUGUCCUCUUUGCUUUGAUGUCGAUUCGCUUCUCGCCAACCGCGUCCAUGCCCAUUGUAUCCAGAAGGCCGUGCUUGCUCUUGUGGGGGCCACCUCGAGAUCCGAGAAGGUGGUUUAAAGUACAAUCACCAUUUGCAGGACGACGUUUGCUUCGGCAGCCCAUGCCGUAGAGUCGGAGCAGAAAACUCAGUAACAGAGAUGUGAUCCCGUACAAUAGAAUGCAGACGAGAUCUGCUUACUGGGCUGAGAACAUUUUGGCUAUGUCACGGGGCCAGAACCAUGAACUAGUGACUGCGCAAAUUGAUCUAAUCGUCGUCUAAUCUAAUGUUGGUGUUCUUCCUGCAUCUCAGGCGUAAAUACCGUCCGUUCGUACCAUCCAUCAUGAUGGCCUAUUUCUGUUUAUUGUUUUGACGCUUUUUCGGUGUUUUUUAAAUGGAUUCUUUUAAUGGGAUAGAGCUCACCCGGGCCCAAGUCCAACAUGGAUGGGUUGACUCAGACCCUCCAAGGCUCGGACCUCGAGUCCUUGGUCAUGCUACUUCUACCGAGGGAGCCAGUAGAUGUAACGAAAUCUGUUGCUUGAAAUGUUACCUUCGUUCAAACAUCCUCCUUCUAAUCAUGGAAGCCAGUUAGAUGUUGGGGUCCAUGACUUGUCGAGAAAGUUGCUAAUUUUAUUUUGAAAAUUGAAUAUCUACGAAUUUUCCCCUGGUGAUGGUUCGGACACAAGUCCAAGGAAGACUCGGAAAAGAGCUCGCUGUUCUUGUGUGGUCGAGAGAUUGGCGACUUGCGUCUGUCAUGGGACACUUUCUGGACAGACUGGACAGACCGUCCAUCGAUUUGAACAUGGUCACCUGUUGUACCAGGUAUCGAGGACAUGAGGUCACUUCCUUCGCCAAGUUGUUCGACUUUGGAAACUCGCCAUUACUGUUCUGCCGAGUUCAUAGUUUUCUACACAGGAAGCGGAAGCGAAACUGUACGUCUUACCAAUGGGGCCAACUGGAUACUAAAAAUUAUAUGGUAAUACUGUACCCAACAAGCGUUUAAAAGGAACGAAACAAGUUAAAACAAAGGUCUAGGCCCGGACUGACAGUGCGUCCUUCCUCGUUUUUUUCCCCAUUGGUUCUUUGAUAAAAAAUCAGGUGACCACGAUUCAGAACGCCUGUAAGUUGAAGAUGCAUCAUUAAUA